GGGAGGGGCGGCGGCGCGAGCGGCGGCGGCGGCGGCGGUUCCAGCAUGAAGAGGAGAGCUGGCCUGGGGGACAGCAUGAGGUCAGUGGUGGGCUUCUUGUCCCAGCGGGGCUUGCAUGGGGACCCCCUGCUCACUCAGGACUUUCAGAGGAGACGCCUGCGAGGCUGCAGAAACCUCUACAAGAAGGACCUCCUGGGCCACUUCGGCUGUGUCAAUGCCAUUGAAUUCUCCAACAAUGGAGGCCAGUGGCUGGUCUCAGGAGGAGAUGAUCGCCGGGUUCUACUAUGGCACAUGGAACAAGCUAUCCACUCCAGAGUUAAGCCCAUACAGCUGAAAGGAGAGCAUCAUUCCAACAUAUUUUGCCUGGCUUUCAACAGUGGGAACACCAAAGUAUUCUCUGGAGGAAAUGAUGAGCAAGUUAUCCUCCAUGAUGUUGAAAGCAGUGAGACCUUAGAUGUGUUUGCUCAUGAAGAUGCGGUGUAUGGCUUGUCAGUGAGCCCAGUGAAUGACAACAUUUUUGCCAGCUCCUCAGAUGAUGGCCGGGUUCUCAUCUGGGACAUCCGGGAAUCUCCCCAUGGAGAGCCCUUCUGCCUGGCCAACUACCCAUCAGCCUUUCACAGUGUCAUGUUCAACCCUGUGGAGCCCAGGUUAUUGGCCACAGCCAAUUCAAAGGAAGGAGUGGGACUCUGGGAUAUUCGAAAACCUCAGAGUUCUCUCCUGCGCUAUGGGGGCAACCUAUCCCUCCAAAGUGCCAUGAGUGUGCGAUUCAACAGCAACGGGACCCAGCUCCUGGCCCUGAGACGUCGCCUGCCCCCUGUGCUCUAUGACAUCCACUCCCGCCUGCCUGUGUUCCAGUUUGACAAUCAGGGUUACUUCAACUCAUGUACCAUGAAAAGCUGCUGUUUUGCAGGAGAUCGUGACCAGUAUAUCCUUUCAGGCUCUGAUGACUUCAACCUGUACAUGUGGAGAAUUCCUGCAGAUCCAGAAGCAGGUGGCAUUGGUAGGGUGGUCAACGGAGCCUUCAUGGUGCUGAAAGGGCAUCGGUCUAUUGUGAACCAGGUCCGAUUUAACCCCCACACCUACAUGAUCUGCUCUUCUGGUGUAGAAAAGAUCAUCAAGAUCUGGAGCCCAUACAAGCAGCCAGGAUGUACCGGAGAUCUGGAUGGUCGGAUUGAGGAUGAUUCUCGCUGUCUCUAUACCCACGAAGAGUACAUCAGCCUUGUCCUGAACAGUGGGAGUGGCCUGUCCCACGACUACGCCAACCAGUCUGUGCAGGAAGACCCCCGGAUGAUGGCCUUCUUUGACUCCCUGGUGCGUCGCGAGAUCGAGGGCUGGAGCUCCGACUCAGACAGCGACCUCAGCGAAAGCACCAUCCUCCAGCUGCACGCAGGGGUCAGUGAGCGUUCGGGCUACACCGACUCCGAGUCCUCGGCCUCGCUGCCCCGCUCCCCUCCGCCCACAGUGGAUGAGUCUGCUGACAGCGCCUUCCACCUGGGGCCCCUGCGGGUCACUGCCACAAAUGUGGUGGCUUCAACUCCGCCACCGCCCACGUGCGAGGAUGCCACCACUCGCCAGCAGCGCCUGUCUGCCCUGCGGCGCUACCAGGACAAACGCCUCCUGGCUCUUUCCAACGAGUCCGAUUCAGAAGAGAACGCCUGUGAGGUUGAACUGGACACAGAUCUCUUCCCCCGGCCACGGUCUCCCAGCCCUGAAGACGAGUCCAGCAGCUCCGGCAGCCCCAGCAGCUCCGAGGAUGAGGAGGAGCUGAAUGAACGGCGAGCGUCCACCCGGCAGCGGAACGCCAUGCGGCGCCGGCAGAAGAUGCCUCGAGAGGAGAGGCCUGGUGCCCCGACCAAGCCCACUGACACCUGCAUUGGAGAAGACAACUAUGACUACCCCCAGAUCAAAGUAGAUGACCUCUCUUCUUCCCCCACCUCCUCUCCUGAGCGGAACACGUCCACUCUGGAGAUUCAGCCAAGCCGAGCAUCGCCAACUUCUGACAUGGAGUCAGUUGAGCGCAAGAUUUAUAAAGCUUACAAGUGGCUCCGCUACUCCUAUAUCUCCUACUCAAAUAACAAAGAGGGAGAGAGCUCGCUUGUGUCUGGGGAGGCAGAUGAAGGGAGAGCAGGAACCAGCCACAAAGACAACCCAGCCCCUUCUUCCAGUAAGGAAGCCUGUCUAAACACGACCAUGGCCCAGAGGAGCCAGGACCUGCCCCCCGCAGGCCACAGCAAGGACGCUUUUAAAGAAGGGACUUCUGCCAUAAAUCCCAGCAAUGGCCCAGGCCAUGAGCCCAGCGGUCACCCUUGGGCUGAGGCACCAGAGGACACCUCUCAGGACACGAGUAACACUGGUGGCUCUGUAGAACACUCUUUUGAGACCAAGAAGCUCAAUGGAAAGGCCCUGAGCAAGGCCCUGAGCAGCCGGGCUGAGGAGCCACCCUCCCCUCCUGUCCCCAAGGCAUCUGGCUCCGCUCUCAGCAGCGGGUCUGGCAACUGUCUGAGGACCCAGUCUGAUGACAGUGAGGAGAGGAGCCUCGAAACCAUCUGUGCCAACCACAACAAUGGGCGCUUACACCCCCGGCCCCCUCAUCCCCACAGCAACGGGCAGAGCUUUGGGGAGCUGGAGGCGGUGGCCUGCUCGUCCCCAGGACGUUCGGACACUGAUCAUGAUAACUUGUCCCUGACAGCGAUGCUCCUACACAAAGAUUGUUGUGGGUCUGAAAUGGCCUGUGAGACCCCCAGUGCUGGAACGAGAGAGGACCCCACUGACCCCCCGGACACAGACAGCAGCAGGGCUGUUCAUGGCCAUAGUGGCCUCAAAAGGCACCGAAUCGAAUUGGAAGACACAGAUUCGGAGAAUUCCUCCUCAGAGAAGAAAUUAAAAACAUGA